AUGUUUCGAGGUUUUAGCCUGGGUUUCUGCUUGGCAUUAUUUUGCUUCGGACCGUUUGUUUGCAGCGCUUGUCCGUCUCAAUGUAACUGCUUCUUUCACAAAUUAUCAGACGGAUCCAAAGCAAGGAGUGUCCUUUGCAAUGACCCACAGAUUACUCUGAUCCCACCCAACUUUCCUGCAGACACCUCGAAACUGCGGAUGGAGAAGACUGCCAUCACAAGGAUCUCCGGCGAAACCUUUCACUACCUCAACAGGUUGGAAUUUCUCUGCUUGGCUUUCAACUCUCUGAACUCUUUGAAUGUGGACAGCUUCCGUGGCCUGAGAAGUCUGGAAGAGCUGAGACUGGAAGGGAACGCGCUCACCUCUUUCCCCUGGGAAUCUCUGACUGACAUGCCCGACCUGAGGCUACUGGACCUGCAUAAUAAUAAGAUAUCGUCGAUCCCGGCCGAGGCGACCGUUUAUAUCAAGAACCUGACCUACCUGGACUUAUCUAGCAACAACCUGGCCACCGUAUCUCCUGAGGUUCUCUCUAUGUGGUUAUCUGUGAAACCGUCUCAAGAAGAUGGGGACAGUUCCAAAUAUAUUCUAGGUCUCCAUGACAACCCGUGGCUAUGUGACUGCCGGCUCUAUGACCUGGUCCAGUUCCAGAAGUCUCCGUCAUCCUCUGUGGUUCUGAUCGACACCAAGCUGCGCUGUGCUGACCCGGAGAGCCUGUCGGGGGUGCUGUUCAGCGAGACGGAGCUCCAGAGGUGCCAGGGGCCCCGUGUCCACACGGCUGUGGCCCGGGUCAGGAGCUCCCUGGGGAACAACGUCCUGCUACGUUGUGGGACUAUCGGAGUCCCAGUACCAGAGCUGUCCUGGACCCGGGCAGACGGCAAACAGAUGAACGGCACUGUUCAGGAAGAAGUUUCAAAGGAGGGAAUCAUUUGGUCCAUCCUGAGUGUGCCUGCCGUCUCUUACCGGGAUUCUGGGAAAUACAUGUGCAAAGCCACCAACUUCGUGGGGACUGCAGAUGCCAUCAUCUCCCUAGUUAUCACAGACUCCUUUAAAAAUGAGGAACAAGGUGGCAGCUCCAAGACUAGAAACCAAAGAGGACGGAAAACCGGUGGAUUUGGGAAAGCUGCCUACCAGAAGAAACUUGUUGCCAGAUACAUACCUCCACCAACCACGACGGCAGCUAUGCCCAUCAUCGAGCCACUAGGACCGAGUGGUUUCACAGGGAGGUAUGAUAUCGAGAGCUACAGUAUUUUGGAUAGUGUGGCCGAUGGACAGACGCCCGGUCCUCCUGCCACGGAGCCGGCGAUUAUUAAGGAAGUGGAGAAGGAGGUUCUUAGCAACCUGGCAGCCAACGCCUCUUCUUUGCAGGCAUCGGCGCCGCCGGAGAGACGGGUGGUACGAUCGGUGAAGGUCAUCGGGGACACCGAUCACACCGUCUCCCUGAACUGGCGGGCCCCAACGGCCAAGAACACCACCGAGUUCAGCGUCCUGUAUGCCGUUUUCGGCGAGAGGGACAUGCGGAGGAUCAACGUAGGCGUGGGAAAGAACCGUAUCACCAUCGACGGCCUUGUGCCAAGGACAAAGUACAUCGCCUGCGUCUGCGUCAAAGGCCUGAUCCCUAAAAAGGAGCAGUGUGUAAUCUUCUCAACGGACGAGGCGGCCAGCGCAAGCGGCACCCAGAAGCUCAUUAACGUGGUGGUGAUCACCGUGGCCUGUGUGAUCGCUGUCCCCCUGACACUGAUCGUCUGCUGCGGGGCGCUCAAGAAGCGCUGUAAAAAGCUACUGGGGAGGAAAUCCAAAGAUAUUCAAGACUCAUAUGUAACAUUCGAGACCCUCUCCCCGGGACAGAAGCCUAAGGGGAUGGAGGGGGAGUACCUUGCCAGGCAACACCCAGACGAGUCCAACAGACUGCUCUCUGCUAGGUCCAGUGUGGACUCUGGGGCUACUUGUAGGAAUGAGGGACCCCCUAGUGAGUACUUUUGUUGAUACCAAAUGAAGGCCUCAACCUUUACAGGGCAGAGAAGUCUGUCCUUUCCAAGCAGAACUUAAGUUGGUUGGUUGGUCUCUUCUGGCAAGUGAUGUAUUGUAGAUGAGUGAAACUGCUCAGAGACGGGGCAGAAACCAACGGAAGGUUUCAUGGACAAGUGUGGUAGAUAUGUGAGUCUAGAUAAAUAGGAUAAAUAAAUGCUGACAUAACUGUGAUUAUACAGCCUUGCAGAAA